UCACCAAAAAUCUAUAUGGCUUCCAAUUACAUUUUCAACAUAUACUUUAUAGCCAUACUCAUUUACUUUCUAGCCACAAUUAAGAACAAUUCAUUUCUCCCACUAACAAAUGCAGCAGGAGGAAAUUGUGGAAAUGCACCAGCUGCUAGCUUAGUUCCAUGUCUUGGUGCAGCCAAAAUUGCUAAGGCCAAAGUCCCUCCAAUAUGUUGUGGCAAAGUUGGGGCAUUGUUAAAGACUUCACCAAAGUGUCUAUGUGCUGCAAUAUUGUCACCAAUAGCCAAAAAUGCUGGGGCUAAUCCUACUGUUGCUGUUACUAUCCCUAAAAGGUGCAACAUCAAGAAUAGGCCUAUUGGCAAGAAAUGUGGAA